CCGAUCUGUCGCCAUGAAGACCUCCGGUGCUAUCCUCCUGCUCCUCGUGGUGGCGAUUCUCUGUGGCCCUACCAAUUGCAAAAUGGUUGAAACCCCUGCGGAGAAAUAACGACACCGAUUGAGAUGCUUCCUGAAACAAUUCUACUUUGGCCGACCGAAACGCAGCCUCAAAUUCAAACUCCUUGUGAGCUGUUUGAGUUUUCCCAGCCAGGAACAGUUCCGUGAAAGACAUUUAAUGUCUUAAGUGCCUGGCUCCGUCCAAUCAAGAAAGUGCAUUUGAAUGGACUUUCUCGGAACUGAAGUGGGAGAGUUGAAGGUGGAGGGUUCAGCGGUUGUGUUUCGGACUCUUGGGUUUGCCUCACAGCAGAGUUGAAAAGUGACCGGCAAGUCUGAGCUUUUCACCUCAGGUCCAUGGGAAACACGACCUCUCUCCUGAAGGCUGCCAGUCUUUCUUCAGCACAGAUGGACUGCAGCAUGUAUAAGAAGUACCCGGUAAAUGCCAUACCCUGCCCCAUCACCUAUUUACCGGUGUGUGGAAACAAUUACAUCACCUACGGAAAUGAAUGCCACCUCUGCACGGAAAGCUUGAAAAGUAAUGGAAAAAUUAAAUUUCUCCAUAAUGGAAAUUGCUGAUUCCACAGUGGAACUGGAGAGUGAAAGUCAUCGUCGUCAUUACAGUCAAAGAAGAACAGACCGAGACUUCUAUUUGCACAGCGUUGGGUCAGUCUCUGUACGAUGUCAAGUUAAUGGGCUCCAUAAUUUACUGCACAGAAAAUAUCUCUAGCCGUCAAGCUCCUCGUGGCCGGGUAUCAUGUCUAUCAGCAAUUUUGCACUGUCCCAAGUACUUGGUAAGGGCUUAAUAAAUACUAUGGAUGGAUUAA